AGACAAAACACACGCGCGUUGCACAGUCCCGCAUAGUUCGUUUACUUCACUUCCCUGUUCUCGCAAAGCCUCUCUCUCUCUCUCUCAUGUGACCUCGAUCAACCAUGGAAGUCUCAAUCCUAUUCAACAAGUUCAGGUACUUCUUGAACUCUCACUCCCACUCCCUAUGCUCACUCUUGUCUCAUUCCCCAUACCCGUUUCUUUCUCCUAAAAUCUUCGUCUCUCCUAAACCCUCACCAAUUUUUUGUUUCAGUUCCGAUCAUUUUAACACAAAAUCCACUUCUAGUUAUCCAUAUCCAUUUAUUUCUUCGACUAGGUCAUCCUCUUUUUCUGCUAUAACACACCCAUUUCCUCAAUCUUCACGGGCUUUAGAUUUCUAUGGAUACAGCAUUACCAGACAUAGGUUCCAAAUUUCGAAUCUAGGUUUGCUUAGAAAUUAUUGUAAUAGGUGCUUUCGUUCGUUUUCGGUUUCAUCUGAGUUAGAAACAAUGAAUUCGAGUGAAAAUGUAAAAUUUGGAAAAAUGGGUAUUAAUGGGAUUAGGCCGAAUGCGAUUCGAAAGGAAGUUUUGGAAAUGAUUGCCGUGAUUAUGAGGGAUGAGAAUGAUUUGGAGUUCAAGUUGGAUUCAAUGAAUGUGAGUUUAUCUAUUUCUUUAGUUACCGAGAUUUUUCGGGUUUUGAAUUGGGAAAGAGUGUCCGCCUUGCGUUUCUUUGCUUGGAUUAGAAGUUCGCGGCCCGAUCUUCAUUGUAAUUCGGUUGUUUGUAGUUUGGUUAUUGAUAAUUGCGGGUGGUUAGAUGAUUACAAGGCCAUGCUUUGCAUUCUGAAUGAUUAUAAGCUGAAACGAAUUUGUCUGACCAAAAUGGCAUAUGGAUUCUUACCCGUUUUCGUUUCAAACAAGGAUUCCAUUAUGCGUUCUGUAAGAAGAGUUGUAGAGGUGCUGAAUGAAGUUGGCGGGUCAUGUCGAACCUCCGGGGUUCACUCGUUGAUUGAAAUGCUCAGCAGUUUGGGUUCCUUUGAAAUGGCUAAGUUUGUGAUGGAAAUUACUGAGAGGAAAACAGGUUAUUACAACAUUUUGAUUAAGGAGAAGUGUCGGAGAUGUGAUUUCAAAGGAGCCAAGGAAAUACUUGAUGAGAUGAGGCAAAUGGGUUGUGAUCCAAUUGUCAACACUUACAAUUACCUACUUAGUAGUUUAUGUAGGAGUGACAAAACAGAUGAAGCUUGCCAACUACUUGAAGAAAUGCAAGAAAGGAAUUGUCUUCCAAAUCCAUUAACCUUUGAGAUUUUCAUUUAUCACUCAUGUAGAAUUGGGAAGAUCGAUCUUGCACCCGAGUUUCUUGAUAGGAUGAUUUCAAAUGGUCUUGAACCUCGUCUUACCACACACGCUGCCUUCAUUAAAGGUUACUUCAAUUCAUUGAGAUAUGAGGAAGCACACAGGUAUGCGGUUGACUCAAGUGUUAAGCAUAGGUGCUCUAGCAAUUCACUUUACAGUUUGCUUGCGAGCCUUCAUCGGAAGAAAGGAAACGUUGUUGUUGCCCAGAAUAUCAUACUCGAAAUGAUUACAAAGGGUCUUAGACCAAACUUUGCAGUGUAUAUGAGAGUUUUGAAGCACCUACAGAAGUCGGGCAGGAAUGACUUGGCCAGAGACUUAAAGAGCAGGUUUUCUAGUUUGAGUUUGCCGUCAAGUACAGAAACUCAAUGAUUUUGUUCAGUGAUUCUAGUAAUUGAAUGAACAAGCUGUGAAGCUCAAGAGGCUUUUUCAUGCAAGACGCUGCUAAAAAAGAUCUCUAUCUCAGAUGCUGGAGUUCUCUUCAGGCUCUCAUUCCGAUUUAUCGCAAUUUCCAAAUCCGAG